UGGUGUGGGAAGAUUAUGAAGUCCCAAGAAAAUAGAGUAAGCAAGGGUUGUUUUGGUGUGUACAUCUGGAAUUUUAAAGUCUGUGGGCCGGGCAUUGACAUCCGCAACGACUAUCAGCAGCUGAAACGCCUGGAGAACUGCACAGUGAUCGAGGGAUACCUCCACAUCCUGCUCAUCUCCAAGGCUGAGGACUACCGCAGCUACCGCUUCCCGAAGCUCACAGUCAUCACCGAAUACUUGCUGCUGUUCCGUGUGGCCGGCCUCGAGAGCCUUGGAGACCUCUUCCCGAACCUCACAGUCAUCCGUGGCUGGAAACUCUUCUACAACUACGCCCUGGUCAUCUUUGAGAUGACUAAUCUCAAGGAUAUUGGGCUUUACAACCUGAGGAACAUUACUCGCGGGGCUAUCAGGAUUGAGAAGAAUGCUGACCUGUGUUACCUCUCCACAGUGGACUGGUCUCUGAUCCUGGAUGCAGUGUCCAAUAACUAUAUUGUGGGGAACAAGCCCCCAAAGGAAUGUGGGGACCUGUGUCCAGGGACCAUGGAGGAGAAGCCAUUGUGUGAGAAGACCACCAUCAACAAUGAGUACAACUACCGCUGCUGGACCACAAAUCGCUGCCAGAAAAUGUGCCCGAGCGCCUGCGGGAAGCGCGCGUGCAGCGAGAACAACGAGUGCUGCCACCCCGCUUCUACUACGCCGGCGUCUGCGUGCCCGCCUGCCCGCCCGGCACCUACCGCUUCGAGGGCUGGCGCUGCGUGGACCGGGACUUCUGCGCCAACAUCCCCAACGCUGAGAGCAGCGACUCCUCCGAGGGCUUCGUCAUCCACGACGGCGAGUGCAUGCAGGAGUGUCCCUCGGGCUUCAUCCGCAACGGCAGCCAGAGCAUGUACUGCAUCCCUUGUGAAGGUCCUUGCCCAAAGGUCUGUGAGGAAGAAAAGAAGACAAAAACCAUUGACUCUGUGACUUCUGCUCAGAUGCUCCAAGGGUGCACCAUCUUCAAGGGCAACCUGCUUAUUAAUAUCCGACGCGGCAAUAACAUUGCGUCGGAACUGGAGAACUUCAUGGGGCUCAUCGAGGUGGUGACGGGCUACGUGAAGAUCCGCCAUUCCCAUGCCCUAGUCUCCUUGUCCUUCCUGAAAAACCUUCGCCAGAUCUUAGGGGAGGAGCAGCUGGAAGGGAACUACUCCUUCUACGUCCUAGACAACCAGAACUUGCAGCAGCUGUGGGACUGGGACCAUCGCAACCUGACCAUCAAAUCUGGGAAAAUGUACUUUGCUUUCAAUCCCAAACUGUGUGUUUCUGAAAUUUACCGCAUGGAGGAAGUGACGGGGACGAAAGGGCGCCAGAGCAAAGGGGACAUAAACACCAGGAACAAUGGAGAGAGAGCCUCUUGUGAAAGCGACGUGCUGCAUUUCACCUCCACCACCACGUGGAAGAACCGCAUUAUCAUAACCUGGCGCCGGUACCGGCCCCCGGACUACAGGGAUCUCAUCAGCUUCACCGUUUACUACAAGGAGGCACCCUUUAAAAAUGUCACUGAAUAUGACGGGCAGGAUGCCUGUGGCUCCAACAGCUGGAACAUGGUGGAUGUGGACCUGCCUCCUAACAAGGAUGUGGAGCCUGGCAUCCUACUGCAUGGGCUGAAGCCCUGGACACAAUAUGCGGUCUAUGUCAAGGCCGUGACCCUUACCAUGGUGGAGAACGACCACAUCCGUGGGGCCAAGAGUGAAAUCUUGUACAUUCGCACCAAUGCUUCAGUCCCUUCCAUUCCCCUGGAUGUCCUUUCAGCAUCAAACUCCUCCUCUCAGCUCAUUGUGAAGUGGAACCCCCCGUCUCUACCCAACGGGAACCUGAGUUAUUACAUUGUACGCUGGCAGCGGCAGCCCCAGGACAGCUACCUGUACCGGCACAAUUACUGCUCCAAAGACAAAAUCCCCAUCAGAAAGUACGCCGAUGGCACCAUUGACAUCGAAGAGGUCACAGAGAAUCCCAAGACUGAAGUAUGUGGUGGAGAGAAAGGGCCCUGCUGCGCUUGCCCCAAAACUGAAGCUGAGAAGCAGGCUGAGAAGGAGGAGGCCGAGUACCGGAAAGUGUUUGAGAAUUUCCUGCACAACUCCAUCUUUGUGCCCAGACCUGAAAGGAAGCGGAGAGAUGUUAUGCAAGUGGCCAACACCACCAUGUCCAGCCGAAGCAGGAACACCACGGUGGCCGACACCUACAACAUCACAGAUCCAGAGGAGCUGGAGACGGAAUACCCUUUCUUUGAGAGCAGAGUGGAUAAUAAGGAAAGAACUGUCAUUUCAAACCUCCGACCUUUUACUUUGUACCGCAUUGACAUCCACAGUUGUAACCACGAGGCCGAGAAGCUGGGCUGCAGUGCUUCUAACUUUGUCUUUGCAAGAACCAUGCCCGCAGAAGGAGCGGAUGACAUUCCUGGCCCCGUCACAUGGGAGUCAAGGCCUGAAAACUCCAUCUUUUUAAAGUGGCUGGAACCUGAGAACCCCAAUGGACUGAUUCUAAUGUAUGAGAUAAAGUACGGAUCACAAGUUGAGGAUCAGCGAGAAUGUGUGUCGAGACAGGAGUACAGGAAGUAUGGAGGGGCCAAGCUCAACCGGCUGAACCCAGGAAACUAUACAGCCCGGAUUCAGGCUACCUCCCUCUCUGGGAAUGGCUCAUGGACAGAUCCCGUGUUCUUCUAUGUCCCGGCCAAAACAUCCUAUGAAAACUUCAUCCAUCUGAUCAUCGCUCUGCCCGUCGCCAUCCUGUUGAUCGUGGGAGGGCUGGUGAUAAUGCUGUAUGUCUUCCACAGGAGGAGAAACAACAGCAGGCUGGGGAAUGGAGUGUUGUAUGCCUCUGUGAACCCAGAGUACUUCAGUGCUGCGGACGUGUACGUUCCUGAUGAGUGGGAGGUAGCUCGAGAGAAGAUCACCAUGAGCCGGGAGCUGGGGCAAGGCUCCUUUGGGAUGGUCUAUGAAGGAGUGGCCAAGGGCGUGGUGAAAGACGAACCAGAAACCCGAGUAGCCAUCAAGACGGUGAACGAGGCCGCAAGCAUGCGUGAGAGGAUCGAGUUUCUCAACGAAGCUUCUGUGAUGAAGGAGUUCAACUGUCACCACGUGGUGCGGUUGCUGGGUGUGGUGUCCCAGGGCCAGCCCACGCUGGUCAUCAUGGAAUUGAUGACACGGGGAGAUCUCAAGAGCUAUCUCAGGUCUCUGAGGCCGGAAAUGGAGAAUAACCCAGUCCUGGCACCUCCAAGCCUCAGCAAGAUGAUCCAGAUGGCCGGAGAGAUUGCUGACGGCAUGGCAUACCUCAACGCCAACAAGUUUGUCCACAGAGACCUUGCUGCCCGAAAUUGCAUGGUGGCUGAAGAUUUCACAGUCAAAAUUGGAGAUUUUGGGAUGACGCGAGAUAUCUACGAGACAGACUACUACCGGAAAGGAGGGAAAGGGCUGCUGCCUGUGCGCUGGAUGUCUCCAGAGUCCCUCAAGGAUGGAGUCUUCACCACUCAUUCGGAUGUCUGGUCCUUUGGGGUCGUCCUCUGGGAGAUCGCCACACUGGCUGAGCAGCCAUACCAGGGCUUAUCCAACGAGCAAGUGCUUCGCUUUGUCAUGGAGGGUGGCCUUCUGGACAAGCCGGACAAUUGCCCUGACAUGCUGUUUGAGCUGAUGCGCAUGUGCUGGCAGUACAACCCCAAGAUGAGGCCUUCCUUUCUGGAGAUCAUCAGUAGCAUCAAAGACGAGAUGGAGCCCGGCUUCCGAGAGGUCUCCUUCUACUACAGCGAGGAGAACAAGCCGCCCGAGCCGGAGGAGCUGGACCUGGAGCCCGAGAACAUGGAGAGUGUCCCCCUGGACCCCUCAGCCUCCUCAUCCUCCCUGCCGCUGCCCGACAGACACUCAGGACACAAGGCCGAGAACGGCCCGGGCCCGGGAGUGCUGGUCCUCCGCGCCAGCUUUGAUGAGAGACAGCCUUACGCGCACAUGAAUGGAGGCCGCACGAACGAGAGGGCCUUGCCGCUGCCCCAGUCUUCGACCUGCUGAUCCUGGAUCCCGCAUCCCGUGCAAACAGUAACGUGUGUGCACUCAGCAGCGGGUGGGGGGAGAGAGAGUUUAACAGUCUAUCCACAAGCCUCCUGUACCUCAGUGGAUCUUCAGAGCUGCAUUGCUGCCCACGGAGACCGCUUCUCUGCAGUAAACACCUUGGGAUGUCCUUUUCUCAAUAUGCAAGCAGCUUUUUAUUUCCCUGCCCAAGCCCUUAACUGACACGGGCCUCUGAGAACCUUAAUGACAACACUUAAUAGCAACAGAACACUUGAGAAUUGAGUCUUCACAUUCUCCUUCCCUCUCUCUGCCUCUCUCUCUCUGUCUCUCCUUUUUCCUUUUUUCUGCUUCAUAAUGGAAAAAUAUCUGCUGCAAGCCUGGCUGGAGAGACCGUUCUAUCAGAUGUCAGAAACGUCUGUCCCUGGGGCCCCACGUCACUCCUGUACACACCUGCCUGGCAUCAUGGGUUAUUACCUCUCUCUCACACACACACAUAUGCACACGCACGCACACACACACACAGAUGGGAUUUUUUUAACUAUAUCUGUAACCUUUUUAGGGUCACCUAAAAUUUAAAAAGG